AUGGUCAACAAGUACACAAUCGUCAUCAACAACAGAUCGGGCAUUUAUCAAAACUACACCCUCUUCACAGAGAAGCCGGAGGUCACUGGCAUCUCCAACUCUAGCAUUUGGACAAACGUGUACCAAGCUUCUGACGUCAUAUUCGAUUCUGCCGACGCUCAGUUUGAGAUGUUGGAGAACUACCACGCUAUAGUCGGCAAGUGGAAGGGCGGCCCCAAGGAGGGAGCUAGAGUUGGGAUCGGGCAGACGAAGAAAGUGAACCUUGGCUCACUGUCCGAUGAUGGCAGUCUGAACCCCGGAACGACUCUGAACAUGGUGAGUGUUGAUGGUGGGUGGGCCCCUUCGUUUGAUAGAUCGCAGCCACCGCAGUCUGCGUUCAUCAACGCCUUCGAGAUCGAUACGGGCAAUGACUUCACCGUUGAAACGGCCAUUCAGAAUAACUUCUUCGUCGGCGUGGCUGGCUCCCCCAAUGACUCUAGCAGUUCUCCCAUCGCCACUUUCAGACCUGAGCCCGGCAAUCGGUACCAGAUCAAACCAUCUAACGUCUUCUACAUCUCCUUUGGUCAGCGCUUGCAAGUCGGUCAGCUAGUGGAUGUCGCCAAAAUAAGGAAUCCACUGCGCAUUGACUUUGCCAACAGCGGACCCAACAUCAUCAUCAACCACACGCCAACUGGCGAACUUAUUAUUGCCAAGUAA